UGAACAGAGAAGAACCAUGAGGUUCACAAGUGCUACCGUGUUAGUGGCAGUAGCUCUCAUUUGCACAUCUUACGGUUAUCAGGUCAAACCACGUGACUACAACCUUACGGUUCAAAGCCUCCAGAAAGAAUAUGUGAAUUUGGAGCAAGAAUUCCGGCAGGAGUUCCAACGAUGGCGCCAAACUGGAGAGAAAAGCGCCCAAAUGAUGAGUAUGCUGGAUAAAUGGCAGUUCCCGGAGCAACAACGCGGCACCGAUCUGGAAGAUCUACCGAUCUCGCGGGAAGGUGAAAUGUGCGGCCUCUGUAGAGCGGUUGCAACCCAGUUGAUCGAGCUACGCAAAUCGGGAGCAUCAAGGCAGGAGCUGUUCGACGUCAGCUAUGAUCUGUGUAUUUCUUUGAAGGCGGAAGAUCCGGUGGUGUGUCGCCAAUCGAUCGGUCUUAAUUUGGAUGUGUUCCUUUAUAUUGUGGACACUCGACCGGAUUUGAGGGUCGAUAGUGCAUGUGCAGUGGCUUAUCAAUCAUCGGCCUGUCUUUUGGAUGACUCCGAAUACAUGGAUUGGACUGUUAAUGUUGAUCCUGCCAAGAAACCAAUUACUGGUUCUAAAGCCUUCAACCAAAGGCGUAGUCCGAAUGACAUCAAAAUCGUGCAGAUUACGGAUUUCCACUAUGAUCUCAAAUAUGCUGUAGAUCACAAUGCAAACUGUGGACUGUUGGCCUGUUGUCGUAACGAUCAGGGAAUCCCGGAAAACCCAGAAGAUAGAGCCGGUCGUUGGGGUGAUUAUCGACAGUGUGAUACUCCCUGGGAUGCUGUUGAAGAUUUGAUCGAUCAUAUCGCAGAGAAUCAUCCGGAUGCACAGCUUGUCUAUCACACUGGGGACGUCAUUGAUCACGGAACCUGGGACACCUCCGUCGGAUCCAACCUGCGUAGUAUGGAUCUUCUUCAAAGGAAACUUCGUGAGACUUUUCCACGAACUCCGGUUUUCAACAUUUUCGGUAACCACGAUGCUCAUCCCACUGAUCUGUUUGCACCUAAAUCUGUAAGAGAACCUGAGUUCUCCAUGGGCUGGUUGUAUCACUACUCAGCCAGUACCUGGGGUCACUGGCUACCACUGUCCAGCCAAGCCACUAUCAAAACCGAUGGGUACUACUCGGUCUUAGUUCGACCAGGCUUCCGGAUCAUAGCUCUCAACAACCAAGACUGCUACACCCAGAACUGGUGGCUCCUGUACCAGCCAAAUUACCCGGUUCAUCAACUCCAGUGGUUGCACGAUGAACUACUCCGGGCUGAACGAAACGGUGAAAAGGUUCACAUUUUGGCUCAUGUACCCUACAACUCGUACACGGCGAUGUUCAGACCGUGUCAGAGGGAGUUCCGUCGAAUUGUUGAACGUUUUUACGAUACCAUCAGCGGCCAGUUCAAUGGCCACACUCAUCGUGACGAGUUCUACGUUUACUACUCGAAGGAGCAGCCCCAGUAUGCUCUCAGCGUUGCAUGGAAUGGAGGCAGCGCCACUCCGUGGAGGUUCGUUAACCCCAACUACGUGGUGUAUUACGCUGACCCUGUCACCUACGAGGUUACCGAUUUCGAGUCGUACAGCUACAACCUAACCGAUGCUAAUCUGUAUCCGGAACGUCGCCCAGAGUGGUACAAAAUGUACUCGCUGACGGAGGAUUUCGGUAUUUCGAAUGGAAGUCCAGCGGAAGUGGAUCGUGCGUUGAAGAAUCUGGCUCACCCUAGCUCUCGGGGUCAGCUACUGAGAUAUUGGCAGUAUAAGAUCAAGUUCGGGGAACCGUUACUGGCGCAGGGCUGCGAUGAUGAGUGCUUGCUCGGGCAUCUGUGUCAGAUUGUGGUCAGCGAGACGGACGAUGGCACUAAAUGUGAUGAGUUGAGGGAGAUUUUCUAUGAAGAAUAGGAGUUCAAUUUUGUUAAUGUUUUGUAAACUUUAAGUCCAGGGCAGCUCUAAUACCUUUUUAUUUAGUUUGGAUUCUAUUCGUUUUACCAUAUCUUUGGCAUUUGUGACUUUAUUACAACGUUGCAGUUGGCAGACAGUUAUUGUUAUGUUGAGUUCGGUGUUUACUCUAGGACUCUAAAUCGAGGACAUCGGCUCAGGAGGCAAUUGAUUUGCCAAUCACAAGCCCACAAGCACUUAUAUCACCCAUAA